AUUCUUUGUUGUGCUUUUUUGAUGACGUUUUUGAUGUUAGGUGUCCAUUUUAGGUCUUGAGAUAUGAGAAUCGUAUCAAGUUAUUUGAGAUUAAACGAUACCUUUGGAAUUACCAGGCACAAAUUCAAAGUUUUUUUUAGAAAGGCAGUUUUAAAGUAUUAUUCAAAUCUGUGAGGAUUUUUUUUUAAAUUAGUCCAGCUUUGUGGCGAAUAAUAUAAUUUUUCUAUAAUCCACAAUUAUAAUUCUGGACAAAUAAUUUUACGACUUACAAUAUAAGGUCUAUUGAAGUAACAAAUGGCAGGAAACUGCUCUUUUAAUUAAUGCAAGUUGUAGGUACUUGGAAGCUAUUAUUUCUGUCUGGUACAAAUGCAUCCCUAACCUGUUGGUUGACCAAUCUAGUUUUGUAGCUUUUUGAAAUGGAAGAAAAACUUGUUUAACCAGAUUUAUCAAGUGCCAUACAGUAAUCUUAGCCUUUUUGCAUUAUCUUUCAUUAACUUUGACAAAUAUUACUUGCAGUUUGCAGGUAUUUUCUCUCCAAACAGAUUUUACUAUUAAAUGUAAUCAUGCAAGAUAUCCAACACAAAUUGAUGUUAAAUACUUCUAACCUGCAACAUUCCAAUAGUAUAGUAACUGGAAAGGGAGCAUUCCAAUAGUAGUAUAGUAACAACUGGAAAGGGAGAGCACCGGAUGUAAAUUAAUUCAAAUUAGGCUUGUGUGCAAACAUGCUUAUAUCAAAUCUGGUUCACAUUUGAACCAUAAUGGAUUUUGAGUUAUUAAACUUAUGGUUUAUAAACCAUAGCAUAUGACCAAUAUGAUUGUAACCAAUUACACUCGGCAAACUGACAUACCGGUACUUUGUAAAUCACAUUUAGUAAUGAUCUAGGUUCUAGUUUAUACAGUACAAUAAUGUAAUAUUGGUUACUUGUUCAAUUUAAUUGGUGUAUAUAAAGAACAUUUUGCUUACCUUGGUUCAGUGUUUUACCCUAUUGGAGAAGUUUAGUAACAGCACUAACUCUUCAAGAUAUGAAUUACAUGAACCAGAGUCAAUUGCAUUAUUACAUUUUACAAGAAUGUUUAUUGUGUACUGUGUUAACAUUUUAGAGAAAGAAGAAACUGCAUAUCACACCUGUCCUAGCACAUUAUUGUAAUGAGGUUACCAAAAGUAUUGUUAAGUUUUGUUUAAGAGUCAUGCUAUAUGAUUCAAUUGUUCAACCUGCCUUUGAUGUAACAACAUGAUAAUGGGCACGUAAUUUUAAUGGUGAUAGUCCAUUGAUUUGUAGAUCAUGGUUCAAGAGUAUGUCAGAUUGUAACAGAUAGUUUUUUUGGCUUAGCAUAUAUUGUGUAAACCCAGCAAAUCAUUAGUUAGCAUUUUAGAUUAAUCUAGCCAAAUUGUGGUUUAUUAAGUAAAUCAUAGUUAAAUAUACUUGAAUGUUCUUUGAAUUAGGCCUAACCCUUAUAAUAUUUAGGAGCUGCAAAUAAAAUAUAGCCAAUUUCCCUGAUUUCCUGAUUUGCGGGCUAAAAUUCAUAUCCAACAUAAUUAUGACCACAGUGGCUGAGAUGAGGGUUGUAGGACAAAUAGCUGGAGGAUAUGAUUUCAGGGAAAGAAAGCUGAAAUAAAAAUUCUGCAUAGAGCAUACAGAUACGUUAAAAACAUACAAUAUGUGACUUUGAUAUGCAUGACUCAUACAAAUUCAUGAAUAACUGGAUCUUCUGUAUAGGUGCUUGGAAGAGAAUCUGGCUGAUGGAUUUACACUCUAAGAUGGAUGUUCACAGACUGCUGUCUUAUGAUAUGUGGAAUCAGUGACUCUGUAAAUUGGGUCACCUGUAUGCAGUCUUUUUUCAGCAGAACAGUACUUGCAUUUUUCCUAGUGUUACAAGAAUGAAUAAAAAACUUCAUUACUUAAUAUCCACAAAUCUUGAUUCCAGUUUUAAAGUGUUUAUGGAUAUCCCUUUUUUUCUCUCGUUUUAAUUCAUUUCAGAAAAAGGGAUUUUUGAAAAAAUAUAUUCACUACAGGGCAGCAAAUAUCACUAGAAUUAAGGAACCAGUGGGAAAUAGAUCAGGUAGUAUUGUGCAGGAAUUUUCAAACUUUUCCAGACUGUGAAACAUUGGUUGUUUUUUUUAAAAAAAAAUUCUUGGAAACCCUGAUCAAGAAGCAAAUCUCCAGUGAUAGAAAAUUGGCUUUUAUAACUCUUAAUUUCAUGGAACUCUUAAGAUUCCUCAGAAUACAGCUGGAAAACCUCUAGGCUAGGCAAGGAGUAGCUUUACUUUUGGAUUUUUUUUAUUGCAAGAAAGAGUUCCCAAUUAAAUAACUGUAGAUAUCACAUAUAAAUUAUGUGUGGUCAUUUUUUGCCUCAAUAAAUGAGAUAUACACUACCGAAACUUAAAUACUUUGGCCACCUAAUGAGAAAGAAGGAUUCAGGAGAAGAGCAUAAUGCUGGGAAAAACUGAGGGCAAAAGAAGAAGGGGACGACAGAAUGAGGUGGCUGGAUGGAGUCACUGAAGCAGUCAGCUUGAGCUGGAAUGGACUCUGAGGGAUGGUAGAGGACAGGAAGGCCUGGAGGAACGUCCAUGGGGUCGCGAUGGGUCGGACACAACUUCACAACUAACAACAAUACCAAAUUCUAGAAGAUGGUCCUUAAUUUUAAAAAGAUAAGCCUUUUGCAUAUUUUUAGAAUUAGGACUAACCAACUGAGCAAGGAAAAAAUAUUCUUGGAACAAUGUUGAAAACAAGGGAAAGAAAUUACUCAUUUGGCUCUGGCACGUGUGUUCAAGAAGAAUUCAAACAACAUUACCAAAUUAAUAGGUAACCCUAUGAUGAUUUUAAAAAACUUACAGCUGAGAUACUUCCAGAAAGAUUUGUACACUCAUUGUAGAAACAAAAACUUCCAAGUACUUACCUACCAGUGAGAAAUAAUUAAUACUUUUCAGUUUUCACCUAUCCUUAAUAACACUUUUUAUAUUCUGUUGGUUCCAUUACCACAAGCUAAAGCAUAAAUCACGGUUAACAAACCAUUUUGGCUAUGUUCACAUAACACAUAUCCACAAAGUAUUUCAUAACAUACCAUGAUUGCUUUAUUCAUUUGAUAAUGUAGUUUGAGGCUGACUUAACCACUGUAGUUUAUUUAUUAUUUAAAUAAAUGUUAAGUGAAUAGAAAUUUUGAUUCUAGAUCAGUCCAUCCUCUACAUGACAAUAUUUUUAAAAAGCAUAAAAAUAGGAAAAAUACUAGCAACCUUUCCUGUAUCUCUGAGCAAUCUAUAUUCUAAAUACUGUAAAUGUUACACUAUAUUGUAAAGAGUAUAAUGUAACACAACUCUAGUCCAGACCAUACAGAUUUUACUGUAACUGCUUGCACAGCAGAUAUUUAUUAAACUACGACUGGAUAUCCCACAUAAGUGAUUAACUAAUUUAGAAACUAGAAUGGCAAAAACCAGAGACAGGUGAGGAAAACAACUCUUGACUAUGUUUUGGCUGUGCUACUACAUAGUAGAACCAAAUGCAAAACAAGUCCUAUGGUGUGAUUAGGAAUAAAGCCAAGCACACAUCCUUUAGCCACGUUCCUACGAUCAUUUGAAGGCUUUCAUUUCCCCCCUCAGGUGCUCCACCCUGGAAGGAUACCCACCCAAACUUCCAUCAGUUUCAACUAAUUUUGGCUAGUUUUAUCUCACUGAUAGCUUUGCUGCAGUGGUUACUACUACCAUGUGGUACCAUCCAGGCAGCCUGUUGUUGUUUUUCUUCUGCUUCCUUGCUUGUGAUUUAUAUUCUCCAGACCCUGGGCUUCUGUCUCAAGGCAGGAGCCACCUGCAAUGGGUUCAGGAGCUAGCCCGACACCCACGAUAUGGACCUUGUUGGAUGGAGGCCUUGAGACAAUUGGAUGGUGGGUGCAAGGAGUUGAACGAAGAACAGCAAAGCCGUAUUGCACUGGCAUUUGCUCAUUGCCACCUACAACGGUCUGGGAAGAAGUUCCCACCCUGUGAAAUUGGUAGCUCUAUCCGUGACUGCACACAGCACAUGGAUCCAGUGGCUUUUGGCGUGUACACUGAGUUUUUCACUCAUGCUCAUGCCAUCUGUUAUUUCCUUCACCAUGAGGCUUGGCAGCAGCAGGCCCAAGAUACUGUGCACAGGCUGAUCUCCUCUUCAGAAACGGUGGCCCAUCAGUUGGAAUCUACCAACCAGCUUGCAGAAGAGACUGCUCGGAUCCAAAAUGCCACUUUGCGCUCUCAGGAGCAGAUCCUGCGCGAUGGGGAGCUGCUAUGGCAGACGCUGCGUGACUCCUCCCAAGGCAUCCACCAGGCCUUCCAAGAACUGCAGAAUUCGGCCAUGGAGCAACGAGUGGCUUUUGCAGAGAUCUUCAGUCGGGUGGCCUUCCUGCACCGCUUUGUAGUGGGGGAAUCCAAUGCUCUCUAUUCUGUCUUCUUCCAUCUCUUGAGCGGUGUUACUGCCCUGCUGCUGACCUCUAGCCAGCGAACUGCAAAAGCUCGGCUCAUUUUGCUGACCUUGGUGGGAGCUAAUGUUUAUCUAGAACGUGUUGUUUGCAAUGUUCUCCUGGAUCGCUCAGAAGAGGGCUACGAUCUGACGGAAAGCAUCUCCUUCUGGGUCGGCCUGACCCGCCGGACCUUUGCUGGACUCUGCAUAGCUAUACUAGCUUAUUUUAUUUGGACCUACAAGGACCCAGCCAAACAGAGCCAAGAGGUGCUGCAGAGUCUGCAGGAAACUCGGAAAGAGAUUCAGCAACUUUUACAAGAAACAGAGCGGCUGUUGGCUAACCCAGAGCUUCUGUUUCAAGACACCAAACCUAGAACAGAAAAGGAGGUUUCGACUGAUAUGGGAGUCUCAAAGCUGCUGUUCUGUUCAGAGAAGAGAGCUAAAAUGGAUGCAAAAGAAUAUUGGGCUGAAUAUCAGAGAAUUCCUUCUCUAGCAGACUGUGAAAACCAAAGCUGGGCUGUAAAGCAGUUGAACUACAAACACAAUCUGCAAGCAGUUGAUGAGAUACGGACCAGUAGCCCCAGACAGAGAGGAUGGCCAUCUUCCCAGACUCAUUGUUCAUUGUCUCGCCGGCAUAGGCAAUCCCAAAACGUGGCUACUCAGCUGCUGACAAUCUCUAUACCUGUGGAGGGGACACCGCGGUACAACCUUCGGCGCCGCCAGUCUCUACAAGACCCAGACUCUUUCACAAGUCGAUAGGCCUGAGCCCCAGAUGUCUGCAAGAGCAGCCAAAGACGUAUAAAUAACUCCACUGUGUAACGAUGCAGCCAAAGGAAGCAGCAUCUCUUUUGGCAAGGUUUUGGUCAAUAAUCACACUUCUUUUGAGUAAGAAAAUAAUCCAUCUGGGACAUAUGUUUCCUUUUAUUUGAUUUUUCUCCGAGUAUCCUAAGAUCUCUAAAGAUAUUAAAGAACCUGGGCAGGCAAGAGUUGAGCUGGAUAUUAUUAUGCCUGGGUUUGAUGUGGCCUGCCUCAUAUUCUUUAUCUAGCUUUUGAUUUUCACUCCCUGGUUGGCAGGACAAUAGAUCAAUAGACGGACAACAGUUACAAAGAAUUUUUUAAAUUAAUUUUAAUUAAGUCUAGAAUUUCUCUCCAUACAUGAUUUGGCCCAGUAACCACCACCUUUUUGCAACUCUGACUAGAACUGAAGUGUCCCCCUGAGUCACUGUUCUCAAGAACGGCAUUCCUGUUCGGCAUUCCUGUCCUCUUUUUGAAGAGCCGAAGUCUACAUCUGCUUUUACCUCUGUUCAUUCAAAUUUGGCACUGGAGACGCUUGAGACCGAGUUGGAACGAGACUUUCUUUUUUGUCAGUCUGCUGUGAUAUUAAGGGCCAAAUCUGAGACAAUGUUAAUGCAAUUGCACUCUUAUUUUAACAGUCUAAUUUUAACCUCUUCAAUAAACUUUCUUGUCAAAACA